CCGGGAGAAUGAGGCAGGAGCCGGCGGCAGCCUCCUUUUUUUCCUCCUCCUCGCCUUCCUGCGGCUCCGACGUUCCGAGCCCGGGCCGGGCUGUGGCUCUGCUGCGUGCCCCGCGCGCCCCCCAACCGCCUCCGGAUGCGCUUCUCGGAUGUCCAUGAGUUAAUCCUCCCCCAAACAACAGACUAGAGAAGAUACUCAGAGGAACAUAUGUAAGACCCUCACGGUUCACCUACAGCUCUUAGGAAUUUCUGGGACUCAGGAGGAAAGGUUAGCCUGGCGAGGAAGAUAAAGACACUUACAACCAAGAUGGUAAUCACGAGUGGAAAUGAUGAAGACAGAGGAGGUCAGGAAAGAGAGAGCAAAGAGGAGAGUGUCUUGGCAAUGCUGGGGAUCGUCGGGACCAUUCUGAACCUGAUUGUGAUCAUAUUUGUCUACAUAUACACCACGCUGUGAAUGGUCCAGAGCAUCCUCAGCGCCCUCAGGAUGGCCAAAGACAGGAGUCCUGCGUGUUGGCGGAUCACUGGCCAAACCCUGCAGGAACAAGCAGGCUUGACCCACACACGCCGCCCAAUCAAAUGCACCUUCACACUUUAUAAAAGGUCACACAAAUAGACCAAACCUGCUGCAGGGAGCAGAAGACACUAAAGCACAAUGAUUCCAACAGAACUCAUUCGCAGCACUAGGAACUCAACGUCUUUGGCAGGGGGCCCAGAAGAAUGCUUGGAAGACCAGCCUCUGACACCAUCGGUGAGCGGAUGGGUGCAGACCUUCAUUAUUCCAGAUCGCUGACAGAUAUCACGUAUUUGAAAAGAUGAAUAGGGCGGACAUGGCUCGGAUGCGUGUCUCCCAGGACAAGUGUUUCAUCUUCACUUGAUAAGCUAUUUAGUGGAAAAACCACAGGGGCAACCCUUUGCAGGCAUCCCAUUCAUCAAAAGUGUCUAUUUGAUACCGGGGAGAUAACUUAUUUUUCUUUUUUCAUCGGCUUGACGUGUGUAUCUGUUCAUAUCAAGGUUUAUAAAUAUAUAUUUUUAAUAAAUGUGUUCUAUUUUUUAGCAUGAACCAAAUACUUGGAGAGGCACUCCGAGAUCCAUAGAGCUUUCCUUGAUUUUAUCUGCUUUGCCUACGCCCCUCCCCCAACUGCAGAUGUUCUCUUGUCUCAUCUUGAGUCUUUUACUUUUGCUCUCUUGUUCUCUCUCUCUCUCCCUCUCUCUCUCUCCCCCCCCCUCCCCCUCUCUCUCCUUCUCCUUCUCCUUCUCCUUCUCUGUCUCUCUGCCUCUUUGGUCUGAAGGACAUUUUCCCAUUCCACCAGCCAUGGUUUUGGUUGGCGCAUGUUUUAAGAUUGUCCAUUGAGUGGCUUUUUGUUGUUAUAUCCAAGAUAUAAAACGAUUGUGGGCAUGCAGACCUAGAUGCACCAUUGUCUUUACUGAGAAUUAUGCAUGAAUAAGGGCUGAGUGAUAGAUCAGCUUGAAAUGCAAAGGACUACCAUUGAGAAAGAAGAGCGUGGCUGUGUUUGCGGAUGAACUUUUGAACGGAAUAUUCACCUUCUUACUGGCAGCAUUAUUAUUUCAUUCUUGUGACCAUUUGUUUAUCAGAUUUUGAUUUUAGUGGUCGUGCACUGUGAGAGUUGGGAAGAACAAGGCAGAAAGCUCAGUACUAGGUGCAUUACUCCUUCCUUUACAAGAUACCCGGGAUCCUCUUCAAAAGUGGGUGGGGUGUAAAUGACACGUGAACUCCCCGCUGAGAGCUCAUGGUGGUUCAGGCUGUGAGGAUAGCCCUGUGACAAGUGACUUUUACUGGGCAUGAGGAGGGGAUUUAAUGACUGCCCUAAAGGACUGCUGCAUUUUUUAAGCCCUUGGUUUAUACCAACAUGAAGCUACUUUCUCUCUGGCAGGGAUGGUUGAAUAAAAACAAAUUAGCUCCCUUCUCCUGGCUCCCUGAAAUAGGCCCUUGCCUGGCUACAGUGGCAUGGCCUUAACGAGAGGGUUAGUAUUCCUUCUGUCAUUGCCAGCUGAAUUAGUCCAUCUUCACCCUGCUGAUAAAGACAUCCCCAAGACUCGGCAAUUUCCAGAGAAAGAGGUUUAUUGGACUUACAGUUCCACGUGGCUGAGGAGGCCUCACCAUCACAGUGGAAGGUGAAAGGCAAGUCUCACGUGGUGGCAGAUGAGAAGGGAACACGUGUGCAAGGAGACUCCCCUUUUUAAAACAAUCAGAUCUCGUGAGACUUAUUCACUGUCACGCGAAUAGCAUGGGAAACCUGCCCCCAUGAUUCAGUUACCUCCCGCUGGGUCCGUUCUACAACAUGUGGGAAUUUAAGAUGAGAUUUAGGUGGGGGCACAGCCAGACUGUAUCACCAGCCUUGACCCUGGGCAGAAGCAGCAGCAGUCUGCCUGGCUGGAUCAAAUGAUCCUGAGGCUUCUAUAGUCUAUGCCUCCAGAUCUCUCCCUCACCCAUGCUAUGGUGUCUGAAAUUCCACCAUUAGAGAGUCCUUUCUUGGGCUCUGUUAAAGGAAAAAUGCUCUUUUAUAAAGCAAAUGCCCCUGAGCAGCUGGCCCUGGCGUCGAUUUAUCAGACGUCUUCUCAUCCCGGCCAGAAGGAAGGAAGCUAAGGUGCAUAGAGGGCAUACUGUGUGCUCAGGCACUGUGCCAGAUGCUUCAGUUACCUAGAAUCAUCGAAUUCUCAUAGUAACGCUGUGAGAGAGGGAGUCUUUCCCACACAUUGUAGAGAAGAAUAAAGGGCUCAGAAAGAUCAAGAAAUGUCCCUGAGAGAUCAGACCGCUACUAGUAGAGUCAGGAUCCAAACCCGAUGUAUCUGAUUCCUUCACCCUUGGGGCUCCAGAAGCUCCUGAGCAAGAGAGGAAGUGGAGAGGUGAGAAAGCCGCAGGAAGACCACCACACGCCCUUCUCCCUCCCCUGUAAAAACCCUGGGAACUUUUUGGACACUGGCAGAAUAUCAUACACUAAGGACAAGAGACGAGAGGAGGCUGGUUAGAAAUUAAUGUCAGGGAGAAGGAGCUACUCAGUAGGCUCUGUGUGAUUCUAGAAAGACUGUAUGAAAAUUCUGAACAGUUAACAGAAUAAACAAUAAAGGUGCAAUGGAAAAAAUA